AUGACCCUCGGUCACAUGACCCCGGUGACCUCUGACCUGAAGGUGCACUGUGAUUGGCUGAGAGUGACCUCUGACCUGCAGGUGCACUGUGAUUGGCUGAGAGUGACCUCUGACCUGCAGGUGGACUGUGAUUGGCUGAGAGUGACCUCUGACCUGCAGGUGGACUGUGAUUGGCUGAGAGUGACCUCUGACCUGCAGGUGGACUGUGAUUGGCUGAGAGUGACCUCUGACCUGCAGGUGCACUGUGAUUGGCUGAGAGUGACCUCUGACCUGCAGGUGCACUGUGAUUGGCUGAGAGUGACCUCUGACCUGCAGGUGGACUGUGAUUGGCUGAGAGUGACCUCUGACCUGCAGGUGGACUGUGAUUGGCUGAGAGUGACCUCUGACCUGCAGGUGCACUGUGAUUGGCUGAGAGUGACCUCUGACCUGCAGGUGGACUGUGAUUGGCUGAGAGUGCAGAGGACUCUCCCAGGCCUGGUACUGAUGCUCGAGGCGCAGCAGGAGUGUGUUCUGGUCCCACUGCUGCAGAGACAGCAGGUGGACAGCAGGGGGCAGGGCAGCCUGGAGCCCACUGAACCUGCUGCUGCUGCUGCUGCUCCUGCUGCUGCUCCUGCUGCUGCUCCUGCUGUGUCCCUGUGUGAAGGUCAGCAGUGGCUGCAGUACCGCCUGCUCCCCCAGGGGGCGAGCCUCGUUCACACCACGACUGUCAUCGUACAGGAGGCGCCGGUGGAGCUGAGGAGAGAGGAGGAGAGAGGAGGUCAGAGGAGGCACUGGUGGAGAGAGGAGGAGAGAGGAGGUCAGAGGAGGCGCCGGUGGAGCUGUGGAGAGAGGAGGAGAGAGGAGGUCAGAGGAGGCGCCGGUGGAGCUGAGGAGAGAGGAGGUCAGAGGAGGUCAGAGGAGGCGCCGGUGGAGCUGAGGAGAGAGGAGGAGAGAGGGAGGUCAGAGGAGGCGCCGGUGGAGCUGCGGAGAGAGGAGGAGAGAGGAGGUCAGAGGAGGCGCCGGUGGAGCUGCGGAGAGAGGAGGAGGAGAGAGGAGGAGAGAGGAGGCGCCGGUGGAGCUGCGGAGAGAGGAGGAGAGAGGAGGUCAGAGGAGGCGCUGGUGGAGAGAGGAGGAGAGAGGAGGAGAGAGGAGGUCAGAGGAGGCGCCGGUGGAGCUGAGGAGAGAGGAGGAGAGAGGAGGUCAGAGGAGGCGCCGGUGGAGCUGCGGAGAGAGGAGGAGAGAGGAGGUCAGAGGAGGCGCCGGUGGAGCUGCGGAGAGAGGAGGAGAGAGGAGGUCAGAGGAGGCGCCGGUGGAGCUGCGGAGAGAGGAGGAGAGAGGAGGUCAGAGGAGGCGCCGGUGGAGCUGCGGAGAGAGGAGGAGAGAGGAGGAGAGAGAGAGGCGCCGGUGGAGCUGCGGAGAGAGGAGGAGAGAGGAGGUCAGAGGAGGCGCUGGUGGAGAGAGGAGGAGAGAGGAGGAGAGAGGAGGUCAGAGGAGGCGCCGGUGGAGCUGCGGAGAGAGGAGGUCAGAGGAGGCGCCGGUGGAGCUGCGGAGAGAGGAGGAGAGAGGAGGUCAGAGGAGGCGCCGGUGGAGCUGCGGAGGAGAGAGGAGGAGUCAGAGGAGGCGCUGGUGGAGCUGCGGAGAGAGGAGGAGAGAGGAGGAGGCACUGGUCAAGCUGAGGAGGAGAGAGGAGGUCAGAGGAGGCGCUGGUGGAGCUGA